CGCGAUUUACUGCAAUAUGAAGACAUUCCUAAUUUUGGCAAUCUUUGCUCUAGCCGCUUCGGCUUAUGCUGUGGAGGAAUCCGAACGCGUCAACGGUGAGAACGGCUGGUACGUUCCCCAGUUGGACGGCUCCCUCGAGUGGGUGGACAAGGAUGUGGCUGAGGAGUGGAUGGAUUCCCAGGAGAAGCUUGAGGGCCGCGGCCUGACCACCGUACCCGUGAACUUCUACCUGUUCACCUCCUCCAACCCCUCCAGCAGCAAGCACAUCUACGCCACCAAGAAGUCCAUUGAUGCCUCCCACUUCAACGCUGCCCACCCCACCCGCAUUGUGAUCCACGGCUGGACCCAGAGCUACCUGAACAGCAUGAACUCGGACAUCCGCAAGGCCUUCCUCUCCCACGGAGACUACAACGUGAUCAUCGUCGACUGGGCCCGUGCCCGUUCCGUGGACUACGCCACCUCGGUGAUGGCUGUCGCCUCCACCGGAAAGAAGGUUGCCGCCAUGAUCAACUUCCUGAAGGACAACUACGGACUGAACCUGAAUGACCUCUAUGUGAUUGGCCACAGCCUGGGAGCCCAUGUGGCUGGAUAUGCCGGCAAGAACACCAAUGGCCAGGUGCACACCAUUGUGGGUCUGGACCCCGCCCUGCCCCUCUUCAGCUACAACAAGCCCAACAAGCGUCUGAAUGCCGACGAUGCCUGGUAUGUGGAGUCCAUCCAGACCAACGGAGGUACCCUGGGAUUCCUGAAGCCCAUCGGCAAGGGAGCCUUCUACCCCAACGGAGGACAGACCCAGCCCGGCUGCCCCCUGGAUGUGACCGGAGCCUGCUCCCACGGACGCUCCACCACCUACUAUGCUGAGGCAGUGGCCCAGGAUAACUUCGGAAGCAUUAAGUGCGGAGACUACGAGUCUGCCGUUUCCAAGGAGUGCGGAAGCACCUACAGCAGCGUUCGCAUGGGAGCCGAUACCAAUGCCUAUAUGGUCGAUGGUGACUUCUAUGUGCCCGUGAACAGCAAGGCCCCCUUCGGCAUGAUUAACUAAACGCUUCACAAUAAAUACCAUUGCUAUAUACAUUAUC